UUUAGUUACCCGUCCUUCAAGAAGCAGAAACAAAGCAAGAAAAGAAAUUUUUUUUUUAAGUUUUCAUCCCACCAUGACCUCUUCAGCCUUCUCCAGAGAUGCACAGCUGAAGAGCAUGGAGUUGACCAUAAGCAAGGCCGAGAAGUACAUGGGUCAGUUCUGCACGCUUCUCGCCGCAUACACCCGCAAAACUGCUAAACUGAGAGACAAAGCCGACUCGCUCGUCCAGCAGCUGCACGAUUACGCCAACAACGAAGGCCCUGAGCUGAGAAUCUGCCUGAAGAACUUUGCAGAAGAUUUAGCCAUGGUGCAGGACUACAGACAGGCCGAGGUUGAAAGGCUGGAAACGCGUGUGGUGUCACCGUUAAAGGCGUACGGGAAUAUUGUGAAAACUAAACGAACAGACUUGAAGAGGUUCAGCGCAGAUCGUAACCAGGAGAUAAAAGAGCUGCAGAGGUUGGAAAAGCUCCGACUGAGGAACCCAUCAGAUAUACAGAGUAUCACGCAGGCUGAAACAAACCUGCAGAAAGCCAGCAGCAAUGCCAACAGGAGCUCCAGGCAAAUGGAAGAGACCAUCACCGACUUCCAGAGACAGAAACUGUGUGAUGUAAAGAGGAUCUUCUCAGAUUUCAUCAUGGUGGAGAUGCUGUUCCAUGCCAAAGCUCUGGAGGUUUAUACGCACACCUUCAACAACCUGGAGAUGAUGGAUAUUGACAAAGAUCUAGAGUUUUUCAGAAACCAGAUUCAGAUUUCUGGUCCUCUUUUGGAAAACACGGCUGCCAUCAGUGCUGUGCCUCAAUACCCGAGUCCUACUCCAUCUACACUGAGACUGACACAGCAGCUGAGCCUCUCCAACCCCAUACGGAGCUCAGAUCAGCUGAAAAAGACUCUGAACAGAAAUGUCCGCAGACAGAAGGAUAUGUAUGAGGAGGAGGAUGAUGAUGAUGAGGAAGAAGAAGAAGAGGAAGAAGAAGAAGAGAGAUCUGACUCUGAGAAUGAGGAGGAGGAGCCGCAGACUUUUCGGCAAUCCUACGCUGCUCAGUACACCACAACUCUCAAACAGAAAUGAGAAGUGUUCCUCAGUCUGGCAUGUGACUGUGAUAGUGAUCGUGUCAUACGGAGUGUAAAUUAUAGACAUACCAAGAGCAGAAGUUACUGCCCAAUCAAAGCAUUUAUUAUUCUUUAUUUAUUACUCAAUACGGUAAU